CUUAUCAACAAAGUAACAAGGUGUAAGAAUGGUGCUAUUCUGUCAAACAUUUUGAAUCUUCUUUCGUAAAAUAAUUAAAUGGAGUUAAUCCGGAUAUCAUUUUCUAUUGCCUGUUGGUUUUUCAUAUGUGUUUCUCAAUUGCAGCAAUGUAAUGCAUUUUACCUUCAGUAUGUUGCAUUUUUCACAAGUAUGAAAUAUUUUAGUUUGAACGGUUAUUCUUUUCCUGGUUUAUAUUCUGUUUCGUACAGUAAGGAUAGUCCAGUUCUUUUGUUUGAAAAAAGAGUUACCGGAGAAAUGGAUCCUUUUAUAUCUGAUUAUGGUUUUUGUGAACGUCCAUACCCAUCUAUUGGGUGGUUAGAAAUGGUUACUUUGGGAGAAACAAUAUCCGAUUAUGAUAUAUCUUUUGCCAAAAACGUAACCUGUAAACAUCUCUGUACCAAGAAGUUUGUUGGAGGAGAUAAAAAAGGUAAAGAACAACUAGAUGCUCUUAGGAAAGGAAUACGUUUGAAUUUCAGACGGCAUUGGAUGUUGGGUAAUGAUAUUCCUGGUCUCUGGUGUCAUGAACCUGAUAGUUACACUGAAUCAGAAAGUCAAAAGAGAAAUAAUUGUGUAUCUGGAUUUCCAAUUGGUUGUUUCACUGGAUAUGAAAUGCAAGAUUUCUGCUAUAAACUAUUUGAUCAGUUUGAGUUUGAUGAAAAUGGAAAAUACUAUAUUUUUAAUCAUGUUGAUUUCAUAAUGACUUAUGAAGGAUCCUCUACAUAUUCUAACGGCAAACUAGUUAAUGUUAAAGUGGUUCCAUCAAGUAUUCAUCACUAUGAUGAUAAUGAUUGCUCCUCUGAACAUCCUUUGGAAAUACCUACGGGUGAUAUUCCUUUGAAAGAAGAAUUUCUCAUAAAGUAUACUUACAGCUUCAAAUUUAUUAGAAAUGAUAAUAUGAAGUACUCUUCCCGCUGGGAUUACAUCUUUCAUUCCAUGCCUUUCUCAAAUCUACAUUGGAUUCCUCUACAAUAUUCAAUAUUGGCUGUUCUUUUAGCUGUUUUGAUUCCAGUCACUAUUAUUACAGUGGUGUACAGAGACAAUAAAUCUUAUAAGAUGAUGGAACAUGGAGAAACACUCGACCCUAAGUUGCGCUGGAAAUUAAUUACUCAUGGCUAUGCACGACCUGCUGUAAGAGUGACCUUAUCAAUACUAUUAGGGUCUGUGUUUCAAUUGUUGUUUAUGGCUAUUUCAACUUUAGGAUUCUCUUUGCUCGCAUAUUUGCUUCCUGAUGGAAGGGAUUUACAAAUGUUAUGCGCCCUAGGAAUCUUUGUUCUUCUAGGGGCUGUUGGUGGGUAUGGUGCAUCAUUGUAUUAUAAAGGUUAUGGUGGUGAGAAGUGGGAUACUUACGUUUUGAUUUCUUCCAUCAUUUGUCCUGGGAUUUCCGUUACUGUUUUUGUUGUGCUGGACUGUAUAUUAUUCUACAUAGAUAGCUCUGCCUCACUUCCAAUUUAUACACUAAGCGCCUUUGUGGGGGUAGUCUACCUUUUAACUAUACCAUUUACAGCUGUUGGUUAUGUUCUUGGUUUUCAUUUUUAGGUAAGUUUUUUAUGCAGAUCUAAGUUUCAUAUUCUUAACCUCUUCUCCUAACUAUAGCUUGUAUAAUUAUAAAAUGCUUCUUGUAAUGGGAUCAAAUGACCUUCAUUAAAACAUUGAUAAAAUCAACAUUAAUAUUUUUUAAAAUUCCUUUUUGGUUUUUUAGAAUGGGCAAGAUGGAACUGUAUGGCUUAAAAAAUUUCAGGAAGACCUGGCUCAACAGAACUUGAGAAAUUUAGGAGAAUCAGACACUUAAGACAGAUAAUGAGGUCAUUGAGCAGUUUGUCUGUUCAUUAUACUGCAAUAUAGCAAAAACAAAAAUGGGCAAGUUUUGUGUACAACUUUUUUUAGAGGAGUAAAAAAAAAAAGUGGAAAAAUUUAAAAAGGUCCUGAUCAGAUUGCGAACAAGUGCUUCGACAAAAAUAACUAGGAACACCCUUCGUUAUAUAGAAUAGAGGAGUGUUCUAUAUAGACAUGAUCUUUCAAAUUUAUCACUCCUGGAUUAUGGAUGGACAUCGUAAGAAGGAGUAUGUAAUAUCAAAUGAUUUUACAAGAAACAGCUUCUUCAAAAAAUUAAAGAUAUAAUUUUAAAUAGAUUGGAUUUUAAAUCAGAAAUUAUUUUUAUGAUAAAUUUAUAUUUAAUAUUAUAAUAAAUAAUUAAUAUUUUAUUUAUUUUAUAAUCGUAUUUAUAAUUAUUUUAUUGAAGUAAUAAUUCUUUAUAUUCUUUCAGUUUUUUAUUUAUUUAUUUAUGGUUAUUUCAUUCUGCAAUUAUGUUUUCCAACAUAACAUUUAUUUAUUCUAAUUUUUUUUUUUUUUUUUGUGACAGUACUGAAAUAAAGAUUAUUUUC